AUGACUUCCGAGGCUCCUGAGUCCACCUCACCAAUCACUAUCCCCGAUACCGAACACGCAGUCAGAACCUCGACCAAGGGUCCGAUAACGAUGGAUCGCACGGCCGAGUCCAUGGGAGAGCAAGUCGUCGGCGAAGAUCUGAUGGCGAAGCAGGCCUGCAGGAUCGAAACAUCCUUCAUGGCCGCAAUGGAUAGAUUCUCCUCGGAGCUACGGACGCUUUUUCAGGAGAGGAUGCCAGUGACAUCGUCCGCAACGCCUCCCAGAGCCGGACAGAGAGGCCAAGAGCGCGAGAGGUUCGAGCCCUACGGCGAGAGCAGCAGCCUCCUCGUCUCUGGCCGCACCCAAGCGUCAAAUUACGGCCAGCAUUCACAGCCGUCGACAAACAAUUGGGGGCAGUCCCAGUCAACAUGGGUAAAUCCCGGACCGACCUACCCGACAAAGACGACGUACGGCCCACUCCAUGCUUUGGCCGUGUCACUGGGGCAAAGCAGCCCCGCACAGUCCGCGGUCUAA